GUUGUUAGUGUGGAUUUUUGCCGUUGGUUACGGGUUUCAGUGACCUGGUUUGUAACAUUAAAGUUCCUUCAAGUACUCAUGACUGGACAUCGUUAUGUCACCGGCGAGGUCAUUACAGUAUGUUCAGAUCUGGUUGCAAGAAGCCCAGCCAUUCUAACCCACGUGGCUAAAAAAUAGUUUCAUAUUCAUUUCAAUAUAACUGCCAACACGUGAGGGAAACCCCAGAUUGACAACAGCAGUGUUCAUAUGCUGUUGCGCCCAAAAUAAUGCAAGCGACAAGUCUCUGCAUGUCAUACAUGGUUGCUGAGAUUUCAUGAAAGAUUUCCCCCUGGACCAAGCCUCGUCUUGUUUGUGGGCGUGGAAAAUGAGAAAUGUAAAACUCUAUUGUAGAAGUGAAAUCUAGGACCAUGCAGACCUGGAAUUUGGGAAGGGGAAGGCUAUUCAAGCAGGCUCAGUCAAUUGGACUAAUCCCUCCGAAAAGUUCAGGUAGCCGAGUUAUUUGCAAGACGUUUUAUUGAUUUAAUUUUUGUUUUCAUAUUCCAUGAUGCAAGGAUUAGGACUCAAGAAAAGGGAAUAUCCCCUCAGGAUGGACAUAGUCACCGAAGAGCUGCCACAGCUGAGCAACGAGAUGCAGUUGAGCAUCAUGAACAAGGUGAAGAAUGGUGAGCUGUCCAUCGAAGACGCUCUGCACCAGGCCGAGAGAGAGAGGAAGCAGUUGCUCCAGCAUAUGGACGAGGCUGAGGAGGUGAAGCCACAGUCACAAUACAACUUCAGCGUUCACAAACAUGGCCGUUACAGAUGGCAGAAGCGAGUCCUCCAGAUUGACUUCAAGACCCAGAUGGUGUGCAGCAUAGAGAAAGGCAUCGUCAACCGGCAGCUCCCCUUCUCGCGGGUGAAGAACUGCGAUGACGGCGCGGGCUCCAGGUUCUCCAUCUCCUUCCGAGAUCACCAUGACUACGAGCUGGAGGCCACGUCACUGGAGGACAAGCACCAGAUGAUGCAGCUUGUGAAUCAGAUUAUCUAUGGAAACAUCUACUGUCCCCCCGUGGAGGUGAUGUCAGAAGCCCACCCACAGUCUCCGACACCCUCCCAAUGCAUUCUGGAGGGGGUCCUGCUCCUUCACAGGGGGGGCCUGGCAUCUUUCAAAUGGGUGAAGUAUGAAGCCCAGCUCCACCCGGGUCAGCUCAUCCUGCUGCCCGCGGGACGUCCUGCAGUGCUGCCCCAAGGAGAGUCCACCCCCACCUUCAACAACUCCAAGGUCCUCCACCUGUCGGACGGAGACACACGCGUGGAGCGAAGCCACAGCCUUGACACUUUCACACUGAUCACACACAAGAAUGAGUAUCAAUUCCGUGUGCCCAUCACAGCCAUGACCAUGGGUCCCAUGUCCAUCGUGCAGUCAAGGGACGCCUGGGUCCAGGCCGUGGGCCGGCUCUGUAAGGACUGGAGGAGGAAGUCCCAGUUGUUUUACACUCCAGACUCCCUGACUCAGGGACGCCCCCAAGUGGCCACGGGUCUCUCGGAGUCUGGCAGCGAGCGCUGUCGUCAAGAGGCGGGAGAUGCGGACCACGGCUACCCUCCAGCGGACUAUGGGGCUGCAGAUCUUAGCGAUGAGGACACAGCUGGCGUAGGCAGUGGUGGUGGCGGAGGUGGCGGCGGUCUUCCAGCAGCUGUCGUGAAGAGUGGGUAUGGGGACGAUUCGCCGGCCGAACACGCCAAACCCACCACUACACCGAGCAGCGUCUCGAUGCCUGCAGCUCCUGAGACGGAGGCCGUACCCGCGGACCACACCCCUCACCCAGCAUCGCAGGGGGUCGACGAGACGCCCCCCACCUUCCAUGAUCCUGUGUCAGACUCACCUGCUAUCCCUCCUAGCCCCUUACCUACCCCUUGUACCCCUUUACCUACCCCUCUUAGACCUGCACCUAUGCCUCCUAGUCCCUUACCCAGCUCUCCUAGCCCCUUACCCACCCCUUGUACACCCUUACCCACAUCUGAUACUCCCUCAUCCAAUAGUCUUAGUCCCCUACCCAGCUCUACUACUCCCUCAUCCAAUAGUCUUAGUCCCCUACCCAGCUCUACUACUCCCUCAUCCAAUAGUCUUAGUCCCCUACCCAGCUCUCCUCGACCUACACCUACCCCUCCAAGUCCCUCACCCACUCCCCAUGCUCCCUUGCCCGCCGACACCCCCCCCUCUCCCUUCAGCCAGCUGCCCCCUGCUCCCCCUCCGCCCCCCGGCCACCAGUCAGAGGUAACAGCCCGGCGCUUUCGGAUCCCUCCUCCGCCACCAUUACCGCUGAUGAAACCCAAGGUGCAGCCCCCUAAACGACGAACCAAGGCCUUCCACUGGGACCAGGUUGGCUCCGAUAAGAUUGACAAGUCAUUUUGGAAGCAUGGGAGCGCUCGGAAGGUAGAGCUUGACACGGAGCGCUUGUAUGAACAGUUUGCUGUUCAAGAUUUGGGAAAGUUUGGUGCAAUAGAGCCAUCACACGUUCAGCAUAUUAUGCUCAACGCAAAGAUUGCACACAACUUCAACAUUUUCCUCAAAAGUUUUCGGGUCCAACCAGGAGAGCUGAAGGACAAACUGUUCAUAGUCAACGAGGCCGAGGGAGGACUCUCUGACGAGCAGAUCGCUUCCCUCAGGAGGUAUGUUCCCACCCCUGACGAUGUGGAAAUGUAUAAAUCCCACAAGGGCCCUCUGGCUGAACUGCACAUUGUGGACCGAUACAUGAUGGAGAUGUGCAACAUCUCCUACCUGAGCAGGCGUCUCGACAUCCUGCUCACCCUGAGGGAGCUUCCUGUGAGCAUGAAGGACCUGCAGCCCCUGAUCGAGCAGAAGAUUUGGAUGUGCACGGAGCUGCUGGGCUCGGGCUCCUUCGUCGCCAUGCUGGAGUACCUGCUCGUCGUCGGAAACUUCCUCAACAAGAACGCCGGGAAGACGGCCGCCAAGGGGUUCCGUCUGUCCUCCUUAUCCAAACUCGCCCAGCUCCGCGGGAGAGACCGGACCUUCACCUUGCUCCACGCCCUUGUGGAGCAGCUCAUGUUGCACCAGCCGUGCAUGCUCAUGCUUAUCCAGGAGCUGGAAGAAUUUGAAACUGUCCCAGGAGCAUCCAUCAAAGGACUGACUGCAGAAGUAGACGUCCUGAAGAAUGAGCUUCAGAAAGUCUUGCACUACAGGAAAGUGAACAAAAAAGAAAAUAGCAUGGAUCAACAUCAAAAGUUCUCCAAAGACUUAAAGAUGGCCAUCGGGAAGUACAAAACGGAUAUCUCUUUGUUGUCGAAGAAAUGUGAGGAGAUGAAGAAACUCUACUCUGAACUACUGGUUAAAUUUGGGGAGCCAAUGGAUCAAGACUCGCAGGAACUUUUUGGGUGCAUCAGUCAGUUUCUCCAUGACUUCAAGAAAAUACAUGCCGAAUUUCAAUAGUGUAUUAAAUGCCCUCAGGUAGGUUCUGUACUGCAAGACAUAAAGAAAGUAUUACUUUGAUGGCCAUCACCAUCCAUACUCUACAGUCUAGAUUCUUCACUGACUGUAUGCACUUCAAGAUGUGGAUAGACUAGAAGGUAUCUACAAGUGUGCUGACAUCUGGUGUUAAAUUUUCUAUGUCGAUGAAUAUGAGAGGAGAGGAGGGUGAGUGUGAGCAACCAUUGUCAAUGUGUCAACCAUUUUGUUUCAGUUUUGUAACUGGGAGCCUAUAUAAUUUUUUUAUAUCCAAUUAUUAGGCGUAGUCUUAUAUUUUUCAUCUAGUUUUCCUCGUGCAUAUAGCCUGCAUGAAACAAUACGGCCAGAAGGCAUGGGGCAGAGUUCCUGAGACUACUUUUAGAAUCGUCCAUCUUCGGAACACAGUCAGACAGUCAGACGUCCAUAACAUCCGCCGACGCAUUUUUAUGUGGUCGUGCCUAACAUUAUUUGCUGUCUGAUUCCAUUGGCACUGAAUGUCUUUAGUUAUUUUGGAAUCUCCUUCACCUCUUAUCCUUGCCCUCGUGACAUUUUCCAUCAAGGUCAAGAGAAAUUGGUUAGGAAAGGAAAUAGGGCUUAAUUUUUAGACUAUUAUAUAUUCCACCAGAGCCAGGGCGUCAUCUUGACUGAAUGUCUUGUCCUAGCAUUAUCUCAGACAUCAACGGUCGGCGGAAAUAGAAAGCAAGGAUGCUUCCUUAACAUUGCUGUUCUCUGUCUUCUUCGCUGACAAUUCUCUGAGUCCUAGGCCGUGUAUUUGUAGUAUUAAGGAGGAUUCGUAGCAUUAUCCAAAGCAAUACUCACUGGUGCAACAUGGGUGCUACUUCGCCACCCAUUUUCUUUGAUGGUGAAAACCGGGAUGUGGUACAAACUUGAAACCUGUAUGUGCGUAAACAUACGAAGCAGGGAUCUCUCCCAAACGGUAUGCAGGUGUACACAGGCUGAGACGGUUUUAAGGGUGUUGCAACAUUCAUGUAAACAUGAGUUUUCUUAUAUGGAUAGGCCUACAAUGAAAUUCAAAAACGUUUGCAGAAUCUAGAUAUUUAUCUCAUGUAAAAAGGGCCUUAGUUGUUCCUUCAUUCAAUGAAAAGCAAAUCCUUCACAUUGCAUUUAAUAUAAUAAUAGAUACUGUUCCUGUGUGUUGGCAGUUGUUUGGGUGAACGUUGACAACCAACCCUUUUUGGCAAAGUGCACAUUCGGAAUAACCUGCAUUUCAAACACAUCUAUACAACACAGAUUAGUUAGAAUAGGGCGGUCUCAGUGAUGGCAAGCCGAGUGAGAUAUUUCAUUUGGUGUUGUGAAACAUUUGAGUUGUAUUCCAUUUGUUGAUGCAGCAGGCUUAUGUUUGACAGUCACAGUCUGACUUUUUGAGGACUCUUGAGUCCGCUACCUUUUGUGUAUGCUCAACGUGAACCAUGCACGAUCGUCUCAGCAGUCGCUCAUCCCUCGUUUCCAAGAUGAUCUUCACCGCUCGCUCGAGGAUAGGAGAAUUAAUGCUUUUUCACCAUGAUAAUCAGAAUAUAAAAAAUCGGUUGCUUGGGUAUUCAGGAAUGUUUGGUCUCAGUGGGCUUGAACUUACUUUAUGGAACUUAAGAUCAAAUGAUUAAGUCACUUUGGGUAUUUUGUUUGUGAUCUAUGAAUUGCAUCAACAGCUUCACACUUUAAUUCUUUAGAAUUAAUGAUCUUUUGUGACUUUUAUGUUUGUAUGAGAUACAGUUUAAUCAUAGAAUGAUAUAGUUGGUAAAAUUACCAGAAGGACAUGUUAUAAUGAAUGUUGGUUGUUUGUAGGCAGAUAAAAUCCCAAUUUUAAUCAGAUCUGUCUAUUUUAUAAAGUAAGGAAUAAUUAAAGUGACAUUUAAAAAUAAAUGUGAUGUUGAACAUUGUUUUCCUUCUCUGAGAACUGUAAUCAUUCAAAAUAGAGAUUUAAAGAAUAAAAAAAAAUGAAUUAUGUUGAGGUA